GAAAACAACAUCGGGAUACACACACUUCGUUCACAAAUCCAGACUCGCAUAUCCCGAUCCAACGCACCGUAGUGAACCGUCAAUCCUCAACAGACAGACCAAGUAACAGUCAAAGUAUCUCAGAUUAAUCAAUCAAUGCAUUCGAAAAAAAAUUCUACAUUUUUAUAGUCGACGACGGUUUUCUUUUAAGUCUCUUCAAAAUUUUCUCCUAAGUCACGUGUUAGCGAGAAUGAGCUACUAUCAGCAUUUUUAUCAGCACUAUCAGGAGAGAGUGGAUAAGGAUGCUCUAGAGGAAAAGCGUGGAAAAUCUGAAGGACCGAUUAAAAGGGAAGUGUCCAGUGGCGCGUCGUGCGGUGGGGUGUACGUUGAUAAUGCCGAAAAAAGUGAGAGGGUUGUUAGUGGCGGGGGUAGUUUGCUGAAAAAGGAACGGAGGAAUAGUGACAGUGAGGAUAACAGAGUUUCUGGAUUUGUAGGUGACACCGGCUAUGUCAGUGCCGAAAGCUCUAUAGACAGCGAAGAUGAAAAGGAACUGAAUCACGUGUUAGAACCUCAAAAUUCAGGUUGUUCUUUAAGCGGACCGAGAAAAUGUCUGGCCUGGGCUUGCAAAGCGUGCAAAAAGAAAACAGUAGCUAUCGAUCGACGGAAGGCAGCCACAUUAAGAGAAAGGAGAAGAUUAAGGAAAGUAAAUGAAGCCUUUGAAUUAUUAAAAAGAAGAACGUGUAACAAUCCCGGUCAAAGACUGCCCAAAGUGGAGAUACUACGCAGUGCCAUAGAAUACAUAGAAUAUUUGGAAGAAAUUCUUCAGGGAUCGAAAAAUAGUGCAGAGAACACUAGCAGUCGAAACAUGUCGAAGUGUGAUUAUUUGAAUUCGACAGCCAACCAAUAUUUGUGCGAACGACUACAACAACUAAGUGAACCUAAAUAUUCUCCACACAGUGAUUUUGUAUCCUUUGCUGCGUCAACUUCAAGCCUGGACUGCCUCAGUCUGAUUGUGCAAAAUAUCACGACGAAAAAAGGGAAAACUAACGAUAUUAUUAGAACCUGAUCAUUUGCUCAAUAUUUUUUAUAUGGAAAACAUCAAUAAGGCGGGUUCCCAUCUAUUAGUCUCACUGACACAGUCUGACUGAUUCAGUAGUGUUACUCAACGAAAAAUGAACGUCCGAACACGUUUUCAGUGAAACUGAUAGUAUAUUCAUACUACCUGAAAAAAUGAAAGUAUGAACAUCUAUCUAAUAAGUAUCUAUUUUUGUUAUUUUUUUUAGAAUCAGUUAAACUGCGUCAAUGAGACUGACCUGUGAGAACCCUUAAGCAACAAACGCACAAAUAUUAUUAAUUAACUUAUUUUAAAGUAAUUAUAUACUACCUGAUCGAUACCAAUAUACAUGUAGUACAAGUACAAAUCAUUAAAUUACAUUGGUAUUUUAAUAUAAUUUAAUUUUACUAUACCCUAUUUAUCUAAUAAUAGGUAGGUAUGUACAU